GUUUCAGGAAAUCCAGUUCAUAAUCUAAUACAGAAUUUACUGGGAAGGAAAAGAGAAGGCUGAAUCAUUGGAUCUUCUUCUGUCUGCUGAUGCACUCUCCCCUGUCCUUCCUCCCCCCAGAAACAGAAGAAUUUUUGAACCUCAGGGAAAAAAAAAAUCUAGUUGUGCAUGAAAGUAGAAGGGCAUCCGCAAGGCGAACUCUGCUUACGAAGAGAUGACGUGUAACAGCCCAGAAAACUCUCAAGCUUGUGCCACUUCAGACACUGGUUGUGACCAGGAAUGGGCACAGGAACACUACCGACUGGCAACUUUUGUUAAAUUUCCAUUUGAUUGUCCAGUUUCUGCAUCAGCACUGGCACGAGCUGGCUUUGUUUAUACUGGAGAAGGUGAUAAAGUGAAGUGCUUCAGUUGUCAUGCAACUAUCGAAGGAUGGGAGUAUGGAGAUUCUGCCUUUGAAAAACAUAAAAACCUUUCCCCAAAUUGCAAAUUUAUUACGGAAUCUACUUUUUUGGAAAAUAAUAUUCAUCCUAUUGUCCAGAACUGCCAAGGUAGAACUGAAAAUUGUUCCAGCGAUUCAACCAUCUCCUAUGCUUUAGAUGACUCAUCUAAUGUCGAAGCUGAUUACCUUUUGAGAACUAGGCAGGUUGUGGAUAUGUCAGAUACUUUGUAUCCUAAAAACCCUGCAAUGUGCAGUGAAGAAGCUAGAUUAAAGUCUUUUCAUAACUGGCCCCUUUAUGGCCUGUUGACACCAAAGGAAUUAGCUAAUGCUGGACUUUAUUAUACAGGUGUUAGUGAUCAAGUGGAAUGUUUUUGUUGUGGUGGAAAACUGAAAAACUGGGAGCCUAGUGAUAGAGCUUGGUCAGAACACAAGAGGCAUUUUCCCAAAUGCUUUUUUGUCCUGGGCCGGGAUGUUGGAAACGUUCCAAAUGAAGCUGUCUGUGCUGAGCUAAACGAUGUGCAGUAUCCGAGGAAUCCAUCUAUGGCAGAAUAUGAAAGACGGAUACAAACCUUUUUAACUUGGAGAUACCCUGUUAACAAGGAGCAACUUGCCAAAGCUGGGUUCUAUAGCAUAGGUAAUGGUGAUCAUGUUGCUUGCUUCUACUGUGGUGGAGGAUUGCAAGAGUGGAAGGAAAAUGAAGACCCCUGGGAUCAACAUGCCAAAUGGUUUCCUGGAUGCAGGUUUCUGAGACAAGAAAAGGGACAAGAAUUUAUAAAUAAUGUUCACUUAAGAGAUGGCUGCAGCGAUCCCACAAUAGAAGCUGCUGAAUUGACAGUACUUCCUAAAGAUGAUAAUCUCUUACAAAAUCGUUUGGUACAGAAUGCCGUACACAUGGGUUUCAGCUUGUCUGAGAUUAAGAACAUUAUGGAAAAGAAAGUGCAGGUGUCUGGAGAAAAUUAUAUGUCUGUUGAGGAUCUAGUAGCAGACUUAAUAAGUGCUCAGAAGGAAAAUAAAAAGGAAGAAGAAUCAAAUGAAAGCCCAGUAGAGAAAGAUCUUAGUACUGAAGAGAAGCUGAGACGUUUACAGGAAGAAAAGCUUUGUAAAAUCUGCAUGGCUAAAGACAUAUCAGUAGUCCUUAUUCCCUGUGGUCACCUAGUUGCUUGUAAGGAAUGUGCUGAAGCAGUGGAUAAAUGCCCUCUGUGUUGUACAAAUAUUAUAAAAAGACAGAAAAUUUUUAUGUAUUAGGCAAACGUCUCCUGCUUUAUUGCUUUAAAUAUGUGUAAUACAAUCACAGACGGUUGGGUGUUCAGCAGUCUAGCACACACAUUUAUGGAGCAUCUCACCUUAGGGAUAAUGUAAACAAUAAAGCUUUAAUCAACACCUUGAAAUCUAUGAGUUGACAGUCAGAAGCUGCUAGAUGUGUUUUGUUUACAGCACCCAUAUUCAACUGCCUACUUAUUGCUGCUCUUCAGUUUUUUGUGUUUUUACUUCAAUUGAAGUUGUAACCUAAAUUAACUGUUACUGUAGUCUCAGAUCUUCUGUUUGUAUGAGUGUGCACAAUUGUGUUAAUGUACUAAAAAUGCAGGAAUUAAAAAAUAUUCUUUCAUAAAAUGGCAUGGGAAAACUGAGUGUUCUGAUUAAGUAGAAGCUAAUCCUGCACUGCUUGUUUCACUGACGAGUUUCAGAAAGUGUGCUGAGCGAAAAGCAGAUUUUUUUUUUCUUCUGCUAUCUAUUUAUAGGCUGUGUUUCUGUUAAUAGUCACUUGCUCAGCUCUCGUUUACCAAAAAUAGAGUAGGUUAACUUUUUGUGGAGUCAAGGAUAAAAACAUCUUAAUGAAAGGAAAUAAAUUGCUUUAGCAUAGUAUUUUUAUUGUUCUUCUGAAUAUUUAAUGUCUGAAUUUAUUUUCUGGGGUUACAUUUAUUUUUGAUUCAUUAAGAUGCUAUUUAUAUUUCCACCAAAGAGGGUGUUUUGUCUCAUCCCCUUCUAGCCUAGUAUUAUGGAUUAAUAUUUUUCUCUUAAUUUUAUUCUUGUCUCUUACACAACUUAAGUGUUAUAUUACUAGAAUAUCAGUAAGAGCUUUUGCUAUACUGACUUCUGUUGUUGGAAAAACAACAGCAGUGGUAUUUCCUAGAUCCUUAAUUACAUGCCUGUACUACCACUAAAACAUGUCUAUCUUCAUGUCAUUCAUAUUUACGCUUUUAAACUUCUAUAACCAGUCUCCAAAUAAUCAUGAACAAACAGGCUGAACAAACAUAAGCAACACACAGAAAGGAAUAGCUCUAGUUGUGAUUUUCAUUUCUUUCUUUCUGGACUGACAAGUUAGCAACACCUUCAUAAUUAAAAGACCCCUUUUAAACUACUCUGAACCUUCAAAAAAUCAUAAUUGCCUCUGUGUAGCUGUGACUAACAAAAGAAAGAAAUUUUAAUUGAUGCGUGUCAUCAUGUUAAUCAGAGCACUCAUUCCAAAGUUCAUUGUGUAUGCUGCCUGUAAACGUUAAAAAUGCAGUUAAUUCCGGGAUGUAAUCGUAUGACGUUACUUAGAUUUUUCUGCUGUCCAGCUCUACGUACGUAUAUUUUAACAUUUUUUAAAUUAUUUUCUUAAUUGAGUUUUUGUAUGUAAAAACUGGUAAUAGAAGGCAAAUAUGUAUCUUCUGUAAGUUCAUCUCAUGAACCUGAUUUGGCAAAUCCAAGUAAUGUAAAGCUAUAUUUAUGUGAUUGUUCCUUCCCUUGUGUAUGCAAUCAGGCACUAUGUAAAACUUGUAUAUGCUACUUGUAAAAAUUCACCUACUUAUUGACAUGUAUAUAGUAUCUGAGGCUUUAGCUUCACAAAAAUAUUAUGUAUGAUUGAAAAUGUUACCCUAUUCUUUAACUUUAGUUGUGACAUAAUUCAGAGAAUAUAUGUAAACCAGCUGCUGAAAAUUUAACCUUAUAUUUUUGUCCCUAUACUUCAUAAGCUUGUGUUUUGAUAUAUAGUUCCUGUCUCCUCAUUUAAUUUGCCUGUUUAACCUGUAUAAAUAUGCUUCAGUGCACCUUCAGUUUUUCACAGAAAUCCAUGUGUAUACGGAAGUAUAUGUUAAUUUAACUGCUUAAAGGAGAACACAGCAGAAGUGAAGGAGAUUUCAUGGACCUUUUGCCCUUGAUCGUGAAAGGAGCUGUCUCGUUUUUAAGUUCUCUAUGAACACCAAAAGGUGUUAAUUGUUUGGAGGCAUUUUCCCUCAUGCUUGUAAUGUUUAGCAUUUUCCUAAUACAUUUUUCUGCUAGUACCUUGUGGUGCUUCUGGAUUUUUUUUUUUUUUUAAGAGAAGAUUCAACUCUCUUAUCUCCAUUAAAAUCCUUUCUUUUAUCUUUAGUCCACAGGUUGUUUUAGAAAACUUUCUUUUUUUUUUUUUCCUCUUGUCAGUCUAUCAGCUCAGUUUGCAUUAUUCCAAUUAAAAAUUUAAGAACUAUUCUAGCUAGUGUCACCUUAAAAGACUUAAUACAAUAUUUCAUACCAGACUAAUCCUGCAUCCUCCAACUGAAAAGUUAACAUAGCUUUGUAUUUAAGUACAGCUGGUUUACAAUCACUCUACUCAGUUAUGUGACUGACUUAUUUUGUGGAGCUACUACUAAUACAUGUUCUGUGUAUAUAAAAAUUUUAUCUUGGAGAUGCACUGCAUAAUAUAUUUAAUUACUGAUACUUUAUACAGAAUAUAGAUUUUUCACGUGAUAAAACCUUGAAAUGCAAUAUACAGAAAUUUAAUGUCUAUUUUUUUAAUAUUUGCUGUGGUUUUUAUGAGCAUUCACAAAACUGACAUGUUGCUCUUCUGUAAAGUUGUGAAUAUUUAUAAUAAAGUGCAAUCCAUUUGUUCCUUGAGUAACACAUUUGAUUCUCACAUGCAAAAAAAAAAAAGUAUGUUGUUUUCUGUUGCUUUUUGGUUUUGUAAUU